AUGAGGUGGCUGGCAAGCCUCUUACUGUGCCUGACCAUCUGUGGAAUUUCCAGCACACCAGUUACUCCUGACUCAGUGUUCUCCAGUAGUGAGCAGGCCCACCAGGUGCUGCGGAUAAACAAACGUGCCAACUCCUUCCUGGAGGAGCUCCGAGCCAGCAACCUGGAGCGGGAGUGCAUGGAGGAGAGCUGUGACUUCGAGGAGGCGCAGGAGAUUUUCCAAAAUGUGGAUAACACAGUAAGGCCACCUGGCUGGGCGAUCCUGCUGGACUCGAAGAAGAGGCUGGCCUGCGGGGCAGUUCUGAUCCACACCUCCUGGGUGCUGACCGCAGCCCACUGCCUGGAGGAACCCAGGAAGCUCAUCGUCAGGCUCGGAGAGUAUGACCUGCGGCGCAAGGAGAAGUGGGAGGUGGACCUAGACAUCAAGGAGAUCCUGGUGCACCCUAACUAUAGCAAGCACACCACGGACAAUGACAUCGCUCUCCUCCAUCUGGCCCAGCCUGCCACCCUCUCACAGACCAUUGUACCCAUCUGCCUCCCAGACAGCGGCCUUUCAGAGCGUGAGCUCACCAAGGUCGGCCAGGAGACAGUGGUGACGGGCUGGGGCUACCGCAGUGAGAGCAGGAGAAACCGCACCUUCAUCCUCAACUUCAUUAAGAUUCCAGUGGUCCCUCACAACGAGUGUGUCGAGGCCAUGCAAAACGUGGUCUCUGAGAACAUGCUAUGCGCAGGCAUCCUUGGGGACCCUCAGGAUGCCUGUGAGGGUGACAGUGGGGGACCUAUGGUUGCCUCCUUCCAUGGCACCUGGUUCCUGGUGGGCCUGGUGAGCUGGGGUGAGGGCUGUGGGCGCCUCCACAACUAUGGCGUUUACACCAAAGUCAGCCGCUACCUCGACUGGAUCCACAGCCACAUCAGAGCUGAGGAGGCCACCCUGGAGAGCCAGGUGCCCUAG